AAUUCAUUACAUAAACCAUGUCUCUUGCAUCUACUGUAUCGCAAGAUGUUUCACAACCGAUAGAACCAUUUUUAAAGAAACUUUUACAAUCAUUAGAUAAUCAAUACCCUUCUCAUUUCCCAAAUGUUGAAUCUUAUGCUACACAAUUUGCCAAACAAAUGAAGCCACAGGCGGCUGUAAUCAUCAAUGGUAAACCUUUGAUCCCACCAACCCCAGAUUCCAAGUUAGAAUUCCAAAAAAAAUGGCUUGAAACUCCGCAAACAAGUCAUCAAUUACUUUCCUUUGAUUGUCACUUGAUUCCAGGCACUGGUACCUUCAUAAUCAACGCUAGUGGGAAAGUGAGGUUUGAUGAGAGUGGCAAAAAUAGAUUAGGGGACUCAUCUGAUCUUAUUAGAGGUCCACAGGUUACAAACUCCAAUAGAAAUAUUUGGGGGUCAUGGUUCGGUUAUAGUCUUACUCUUGUGGUCGAUGAAACAGUAAGAAACAAUGAUGAAUCUGAAAUUAUCAAUAGUUUCAACUACAGAUUUACAUUCAAGCCUCGUGAUUCUGUCGUUCAAAUAUAG